GUUUCUCACGCUGAGGACAAUGUUCCUCACGCUGAGGACAAGGUACCUCACACCGAGGACAAGGUACGUCACACUGUGGACAAGAUUCCUCACGCUGAGGACAAGGUUCCUCACGCUGAGGGCAAGGGACCUCUAGUAGAGGACAAGGUUCCUAACUCUGAGGACAAGGUACCUCACUCUGAGGACAAUGUACCUCACACUAAGUUCAAGGUACCUCACACUGAGUCUAGGGUCCGAAUGCUGAGGACAAGUCACCUCAAGCUGAGCACAAAGUACAUCACACUGAGGACAAGGUACAUCACACUGAGGACAAGGUUCCUCACGCUGACGACAAGGUUCCCCAAGUUGAGGACAAAGUACCUCACACUGAGGACAAAUUUCCUCAAGCUGAGGACAAGAUACGUCACACUGGAGACAAGGUACCUCACACUUAGGACAAGGUACCUCACACUGAGGACAAGGUACGUCACACAGAGGACAAGGUUCCUCACGCUGAGGAAAAGGUUCCUCGAGCUGAGGACAAGGUAGCUCACACUUGGGACAAGGUACCUCACACUGAGGACAAGGUUCCUCACGCUGAGGACAAGGUACCUCACACUGAGGACAAGCUUCCUCAAGCUGCGAAAAAGGUACGUCACACUGAGGACAAGGUUCUUCCCACUGAGGACAGGGUUCCUCACGCCCAGGACAAGGUUCCUCACGCUGAGGACAAGGUUCCUCGAGCUGAGGACAAGGUAGCUCACACUGAGGACAAGGUACCUCACACUGAGGACAAGGAUCCUCACGCUGAGGACAAGGUACAUCACACUCAGGACAAGGUUCCUCAAGCUGUGGACAAGGUACCUCACAUUGAGGACAAGGUACCUCCCUCUGAGAGCAAAGCUCUACCCGCCCAGGACAAGGUUCCUCACCCUGAGGACGAGGUUCCUCACGCUGAGGACAAGUUUCCUCAAGCAGAGGACAAGGUUCCUCUCGCUAUGGACAAGGUACCUCACACUGAGGACAAUGUUCCUCACGCUGAUAACAAGGUCCUCACGCUCAGGAAAAGUUCCUCACGCUGAGGACAAGGUCGUCACGCUGAGGACAAGGUUUGUCAGGGUGAGGACAAGGUAACUCAAGCUGAGGACAAGGUUGCUCAUGGUGAGCACAAGGUACCUCACACUGAGGACAAGGUUCCUGAAGCUGAGGACAAGGUUCCUCACGCUGAGGACAAGGUUCCUCACGGUGAGGACAAGGUGCCUCAAGGUGAGGACAAGGUUCCUCAAGCAGAGGACAAGGUUACUCACGCAGAGGACAAGGUUCCUCGAUUUGAGGUCAAGGUGCCUCAAACUGAGGACAGGGUUCCUCACGCAGAGGACAAGAUUCCUCGCGCAGAGGACAAGGUUCCUCAAGCUGAGGACAAGGUUCCUCAAGGUGAGGACAAAGUUCCUCCCACUGAGAAGAAGGUACCUCACACUGAGGACAGGGUUCCUCACUCUGUGGUCAAGGUUCCUCACGCUGAUUACAAAGUUUCUCACGCUGAGCACAAGGUACCUCACGCUGAGCACAAGGUACCUCACACUCAGUACAAGGUACCACACACUGAGGACAAGGUUCCACACACUGAGAACAAGGUUCCUCACGCUGAGGACAAGGUUCCUCAGUCUGAGGACCAGGUACGUCACACUGUGGACAAGGUUCCUCAGGCUGAGGACAAGCUUCUUCACGCUGAGCACAAGGUUCCUCACGCUGAGCACAAGGUAACUCACACUGAGGACAAGGUACCUCACACUGAGGACAAAGUUUCACAGGCUGAGGACACGGUUCCCCAAGCUGGGGACAAGGUACCUCACGCUGAAUACAAGGUACCUCACACUGAGCACAAGGUUCCUCACGCUGAGGAGAAGGUACCUCACACUCAGGCAAGGUCCUCACCCUGAGGACAAGGUUCCUCAAGCUGAGGACAAGGUAACUCACACUGAGGACAAAGUUCCUCAAGCUGAGGACAACGUUCCUCACGCUGAGGACAAGGUACCUCACACUGAGGACAAUGUUCCUCAAGCUGAGGACAAGGUACCUCACACUGAGGACAAAGUUUCUCACGCUGAGGACAAAGUUCCUCACGCUGAGGACAGCGUUCCUCACGCUGAGAACAAGGCACGUCACACUGAGGACAAUGUUCCUCAAGGUGAAGACAAGGUCCGUCACGCUGGGGAGAAGGUUCCUCACGCAGAGGACAAGGUAUCUGUCUAUCCUCACACUGAGGACAAUGUUCCUCAAGAUGAGGACAUGGUCCCUCACGCUGUGGAGAAGGUUCCUCACGCAGAGGGCAAGGUAUCUCACGCUGAGGACAAGGUUCCUCGCGCUGAGGACAAGGUUCCUCACGUUGAGGACAAGGCACCUCUCACUGAGGACAAGGUUCCUCAUGCUGAGGACAAGGUGCCUCACCCUGAGGACAAGGUACCUCACACUCAGGACAAGGUUCCUCAUGCUGAGGACAAGGUUCCUCAAGCUGCGAACAAGGAACCUCACACUGAGGACAAGGUUCCUCACGCUGAGGACAAAGUUGCUCACGCUGAGGACAAAGUUCCUCACGGUGAGAACAGGGUUCCUCACGCUGUGAACAAGGCACCUCACACUGACGACAUUGGUCCUCAAACUGAAGACAAGGUACCUCACACUGAGGACUAGGUCCCUCACGCUGAGGAGAAGGUUCCUCAUGCUGAGGACAGGGUUCCUCACGCUGAGGACAAGGUAUCUCACGCUGAGGUCAAGGUUGCUCACGCUGAGGACAAGGUUCUUCACGCUGAGGACAAGGUACCUCUCACUGAGGACAAGGUUCCUCAUGCUGAGCACAAGGUGCCUCACCCUGAGGACAAGGUACCUCACACUCAGGACAACGUUUCUGCUGGUGAGGACAAUGUUCCUCAAGGUGAGGACAAGGUACCUCACACUGAGGACGAGGAUCCGCAAGCUGAGGACAAGGUACCUCACACUGGGGACAGAGCUGCUCACGCUGAGGACAAGGUUCCUCAAGCAGAGGACAAGGUUCCUAACGCUGAUUACAAUGUACGUCACACUGAGAACUAGAUUCCUCACGCUGAGGACAAGGUACCUCACACUGAGGACAAGGUUCCUCUCGCUGAGGAAAAGGUUCCUCAAGCUGAGGACAAAGUUCCUCACACUGAAGACAAGGUACCUCACACUGAGAACAAGGUUCCUCACUCUGAGGACAAGGUUCGUCACGCUGAGGACAAGGUUCAUCACGCCGAGGACAAAGUUCCUCGCGCUGAGGACAAGGUUCCUCACGUUGGGGCAAGGUUCCUCAAGCUGAGAACAAAGUACCUCACACUGAGGACAAGGUACCCCACACUGAGUACACGUUUCCUCACUCUGAGGACAAGGUUCUUGACGGUGGGGACAAGGUUCCUCACUGUGAGGACAAGGUUCGUCACGGUGAGGACAAGGUUCCUCACGGUGAGGACAAGGUUCCUCACGCAGAGGACAAGAUUCCUCACGCAGAGGGCAAAUUUCCUCAAGCUGAGGACAAGGUACCUCACACUGUGGACAAGGUUCUUCAAGCAGAGGGCAACGUUCCUUACGCUGAGGACAACGUACCUCACACUGAGGAAAUGUUCCUCAAGCUGAGGACGAGAUACCUCACACUGAGGACAAGGUUCCUCAGGCUGAGGACAAAGUUCCUCACGCUGAGGACAAAGUUCCUCACGCUGAGGACAGGGUUCUUCACGCUGAGAACAAGGUUCCUCACACUGAGGAAAAGGUACCUCACAUUGAGGACAAGGUUCCUCACUCUGAGACAAGGUUCCUGACGGUGAGGUCAAGGUUGCUCACGCGGAGGACAAGGUUCCUCACACAGAGGACAAGGUUCGUCACGCAGAGGACAAGGCUCCUCACUCUGAGGACAAGGUUCCUCACACUGUGGACAAAGUUCCUCACGCUGAGGACAAGAUUCCUCACUGUGAGGACAAGGUACGUCACACUGAGGACAAAUUUUCUUACGCUGAGUACAAGGUUCCUCAAGCUGAGAACAAAGUACCUCACACUGACGACAAGGUACCUCACACUGAGAACAAUGUUCCUCACGCUGAGGACAAGGUUCCUCACGGUGAGGAAAAGGUUUCUCACGCUGACGACAAGGUUCCUCACGCUGAGGAUAAGGAUCCUCACCCUGAGGACAUGUUACGUCACACUGAGGACAAGGUUCCUCACGCUGGCGUCAUGCUUCCUCACGCUGAGGACAAGAUUCGUCACGCUGAGGACAAGGUUCGUCAUGGUGAGGACAAGGUUCCUCACGCAGAGGACAAGGUGCCUCACGCUGAGGACAAGGUACCUCACACUAAGGACAUGGUCCUUCAAGCUGAGGACACCGUUCGUCACUCUGAGGACAAGGUACCUCACACUGUGGACAAGAUUCCUGACGCUGAGGACAAGAUUCCUCACGGUGAGGACAAGGUACGUCACACUGAGCACAAAGUUUCUUACGCUGAGUACAAGGACCCUCAAGCUGGGAACAAAGUACCUCACACUGACGACAACGUACCUCACACUGAGAACAAAGUUCCUCACGCUGAGGACAAGGUUCCUUACGGUGAGGACAAGGUUUCUCACGCUGUCGACAAGGUUCCUCACGCUGAGGACAAGGAUCCUCACGCUGAGGACAAGGUUCCUCACGCUGGCGACAAGGUUCCUCACGCCGAGGACAAGGUUCGUGACGCUGAGCACAAGAUUCGUCACGGUGAGGUCAAGGCUCCUCACGCAGAGGACAAGGUGCCUCACGCUGAGGACAAGGUACCUCACACUGAGGACAAGGUACCUCACACUGAGGACAAGUUUCCUCACUCUGAGAACGGGGUUCGUCACGCUGAGGACAGGGUUUCUCAGGCUGUGGACAUGGUACCUCACGCUGAGGAAAGGGUUCCUCACGCUGAGGACAAGGUUCCUCACGCUGAAGACUAGGUACCUCACACUGAGGACAAGGUUAGUCAUGCUUAGAACAAGGUUCCUCACGCUGAGGACAGGUUUCUCACGCUGAGGACAAUGUUUCUCACGCUGAGGACAAGGUACCUCACACCGAGGACAAGGUACGUCACACUGUGGACAAGAUUCCUAACGCUGAGGACAAGGUUCCUCACGCUGAGGGCAAGGGACCUCUAGUAGAGGACAAGGUCCCUAACUCUGAGGACAAGGUACCUCACUCUGAGUACAAAGUACCUCACAGUGAGGACAAGAUAACGCACACUGAGGACAAGGCUACUCACGCUGAGGACAAGGUUCCUCACGAAGAGGACAAGGCUGCUAACGCUGAGGACAAGAUACCUCACGCUGAGGACAAGGUAUGUCACGCUAAGGACAAGGUUCGUCAAGCUGAGGACAAGGUUCCUCGAGCUGAGGACAAGGUAGCUCGCAGUGAGGACAAGGUACCUCACACUGAGGACAAGGUUCCUCACACUGAGGACAAGGUACGUCACACCGAGGACAUGGUUCCUCACGCUGAGGACAAGGUUCCUCGAGCUGAGGACAAGGUAGCUCGCACUGAGGACAAGGUACCUCACACUGAGGACAAGGUUCCUCACGCUGAGGACAAGGUACCUCACACUGAGGACAAGCUUCCUCAAGCUGCGAAAAAGGUACGUCACACUCAGGACAAGGUUCCUCAAGCUGUGGACAAGGUAGCUCACAUUGAGGACAAGGUACCUCCCUCUGAGAGCAAGGCUAUACACGCCCAGGACAAGGUUCCUCACCCUGAAGACAAGGUUCCUCACGCUGAGGACAAGGUCCUCACGCUGAGAACAAGGUCCCUCAAGCAGAGGACAAGGUUCCUCUCGCUAUGGACAAGGUACCUCACGCUGAGGACAAAGUUCCUCGCGCUGAGGACAAGGUUCCUCACGUUCAGAAAAAUUCCUCACGCUGAGGACAAGGUCGUCACGCUGAGGACAAGGUUUGUCAGGGUGAGGACAAGGUACCUCACACUGAGGACAAGGUUCCUCAUGGUGAGUACAAGGUACCUCACACUGAGGACAAGGUUCCUGAAGCAGAGGACAAGGUUCCUCACGCUAAGGAACAGGUUCCUCACGGUGAGGACAAGGUGCCUCAAGGUGAGGACAAGGUUCAUCACGCAGAGGACAAGAUUCCUCGCGCAGAGGACAAAGUUCCUCCAGCUGAGGGCAAUGUACCUCACACUGAGGACAAGGUUUUUCAAGCUGAUGAAAAGGUACGUCACACUGAGGACAAGGUACCUCACACUGAGGACAAGGUUCCUCAUGCUGAGGACAAGGUUCAUGACGGCGAGGACAAGGUUCCUCACUCAGAGGACAAGGUGGCUCAGGCUAAGGACAAGGUACCUCACACCAAGGACAAGGUCCUUCAAGCUGAGGACAACGUUCCUCACGCUGAGGAAAACGUAUCUCACAAUGAGGACAAUGUCCCUCAAGCUGAGGACAAGGUACCUCACACUGAGGACCAGGUUCCUCACGCUGAGGACAAAGUUCCUCACGCUGAGGACAAAGUUCCUCACGCUGAGGACAGGGUUCCUCACGCUGACAACAGGGCACCUCACACUGAGGACAAUGCUUCUCAAACUGAAGAAAAGGUACCUCACACUGAGGACAAAGUCCCUCACGCUGAGGACAAGGUUGCUCACGCUGAGGACAAGGUACAUCAAACUGAUGUGAAGGUACCUCACACUGAGGACAAGGUUCCUCAUGCUGACGAUAAGGUUCCUCAAGGUGAGGACAAGGUACGUCACAGUGAGGAAAAGGCUGCUCACGCUGAGGAAAAGGUUUCUCACGCUGAGGACAAGGUACCUCACACUGAGGACAAGGUUCCUCACGCUGAUAACAAGGUUCCUCACGCUGAUAACAAGGUUCCUCAAACUGAGUACAAGGUUCCUCACGCUGAGGACAAGGUUCCUCACGCUGAGGACAAGGUACCUCACACUCAGAACAAGGUACCUCACGCUGAGGACAAGGUUCGUGACGCUGGGGACAAGCUUCGUCAAGGUGAGGAAAGGGUACGUCACACUGAGGACAAGGUUCCUCAUGCUGAGGACAAUGUUCAUGACGGCGAGAACAAGGUUCCUCACGCAGAGGACAAGGUGGCUCACGCUGAGGACAAGGUACCACACACUAAGGACAAGGUCCUUCAAGCUGAGGACAACUUUCCUCACGCUGAGGACAACGUAUCUCACAAUGAGGACAAUGUCCCUCAAGCUGAGGACAAGGUACCUCAGGCUGAGGACAAGAUUCCUCAAGCAGAGGACAAAGUUCCUCACGCUGAGGACAAAGUUCCUCACGUUGAGGACAAGGGUUCUCACGCUGAGAACAAGGUUCCUCACGGUGAGGACAAGGUAACUCAAACUGAAGACAAGGUUCCUCAAGCUGAGGACAAGGUUGCUCAUGCUGAGGACAAGGUACAUCACGCUGAGGACAAGGUCCCUCACGCUGAGGACAAGGUUCCUCAAGCUGAGGACAAAGUACCUCACACUGAGGAUAAUGUUCCCCACAUUGAGUUCGAGGUUCCUUACUUUGAGGACAAAGUUCCUGGCGGUUAGGACAAGGUUCCUGACGGUGAGGACAAAGUUCCUCACGAUGAGGACAAGGUUCCUCACGCUGAGGACAAGAUUCCUCACGCUGAGGAUGAGGUUCCUCACUUUGAGAACAAGGUGCCUCACACUGAAGACUAGAUUCUUCACGCUGAGGACAAGGUACCUCUCACUGAGGACAAGGUUCCUCACGCUGAGGACAACGUUCCUCACGGUGAGGACAAGGUUCCUCACACUUAGGACAAGGUACCUCACACUUUGGACAAGGUUCCUCACUCUGAGGACAAGGCUCGUCACGCUGAGGAUAAGGUUCCUCACGCUGAGGACAAAGUUUCUCACGCUGAGGACAAGGUCCCUCACGCUGAGCACAAGGUACCUCACGCUGAGGACAAGGUUCCUCACGCUGAGGACCAGGUACCUCACACUGAGGACAAGGUUCCUCAAGCUGUGGACAAAGUACCUCACAUUGAGGACAAGGUACCUCCCACUGAGAACAAGGUUCCUCACGCCUGAGGACAAGGUUCCUCACGUUGAGGACAAGGUACCUCACACUGAGGACAAGGUUCCUCACGCUGAGGACAAGGUUCCUCACGCUGAGGACAAGGUUCCUCACGCUGAGGACAAGGUUCCUCACGCUGAGGACAAGGUUCCUCACGCUGAGGACAAGGUCCUCACGCUGAGGACAAGGUUCCUCACUUUGAGGUCAAGGUUUCUCACGCUGUGGCCAAGGUUCCUCACGGUGAGGGCAAGGGACCUCACACUGAGGACAAGGUUCCUCAAGCUGAAGACAAAGUACCUCACACUGAAGACAAGGUAACUCACACUGAGGACAAUGUUCGCCACGCUGGAACAAGGUUCCCCAAGUUGAGGACAAAGUACCUCACACUGAGGACAAGGUUCCUCAUGCAGAGGACAAGGUACGUCACACUGAGGAGAAGGCACCUCACACAUAGGACAAGGUACGUCACACUGAAGACAAGGUUCCUCACGCUGAGGACAAGGUUCCUCAAGCUGAGGACAAGGUACCUCACGCUGAGGACAAAACACCUCACGAUGAGAACAAGGUACCUCACAAUGAGUACAACGUACCUCACAGAGAGGACAAGGUUCCUCAUGCUUCGAACAAGGUUCCUCAAGCUGAAGACAAGGUACCUCACACUGUGGACAAGGUGCCUCACACUGAGGACAAAGUUCCUCACGCUGAGGACAAGGCUCCUCGCGCCGAGGACAAGGUUGUUCACGCUGAGGAAAAGGUUCCCCACGCGGAGGACAAGGUUCCUCAUGCUGAGGACAAGGUACCUCACACUGAGGACAAGGUCCCUCACGCUGAGGACAAGGUUUCUCAAGCUGAGAACAAAGUUACUCACACUGAGGAGAAAGUACCCCACAUUGAGUUCGAGGUUCCUCACUUUGACGAAAAAGCUCCUGACGGUUGGGACAAGGUUCCUCACGGUGAGGACAAGUUUCCUUACAGUGAGGACAAGGUUCCUCACGCUGAGGACAAGAUUCCUCACGCUGAGGAGAGGGUUCCUCACAGUGAGGACUAGGUUCCUCACGCUGAGGACAAGGUACCUCACACUGAGGACAAGGUUAAUCACGCUGAGGACACCUUUCCUCACACUGAGGACAAGGUUCCUCACGCUGAGGACAAGGAUGUUCACGCUGAGGACAAGGUACCUCACGCUCAGGACAAUGUUCCUCACACUGAGGACAAGGUUCCCACGCUGAGGAGAAGGUACCUCACACUGAGGACAACGCUCCUCACGUUGAGGACAAGGUCCUCACGCUAAGGACAAAGUUCCUCACGCUGAGGACAAAGGUACCUCACACUGAGAACAAGGUUCCUGACGCUGAAGACAAGGUUCCUCAGGCUGAGGACAAGGCUCCUCACGCUGAGGACAAGGUACAUCACGCUCAGGACUAGGUUCCUCACUUUGAGGACAAGGUUUCUCACGCUGAGGACAAGGUCCCUCGCGGUGAGGACAAGGGACCUCACACUGAGGAAAAGGUUCCUCAAGCUGAGGACGAGGUUCUUCAAGCUGAGGGGAAAGUACCUCACACUGAGGACAAGGUAACUCACACUGAGGACAAUGUUCUUCACGCUGAGGACAAGGUUGCCCAAGCUGAGACAAAAUACCUCCCACUGAGGACAAGGUUCCUCAAGUUGAGGACAAGGUACGUCACACUGAGGACAAGGUAUCUCACACUUAGGACAACGUACCUGAAACUGAGGACAAGGUUCCUCAUGCUGAGGAAAGGUUCCUCAAGCUGAGGACAAGGUACCUCACACUGAGGAUAAGGUACCUCACGAUGAGGACAAGGUACCUCAUAAUGAGUACAAUGUACCUCACACUGAGAACAAUGUUCCUCAUCCUUAGGACAAGGUUCCUCAAGCUGAAGACAAGGUACCUCACACUGAGGACAAGGUAUCUCACACUGAGGACAAAGUUCCUCACGCUGAGGACAAGGUUCCUCACAGUGAGGACUAGGUUCCUCACGCUGAGGACAAGGUACCUCACACUGAGGACAGGGUUAACCACGCUGAGGACAACGUUCCUCACACUGAGGACAAGGUUCCUCACGCUGAGGACAAGGAUGUUCACGCUGAGGACAAGGUACCUCACGCUCAGGACAAUGAUCCUCACACUGAGGACAAGGUUCCCCACGCUGAGGACAAGGUACCUCACACUGAGGACAACGCUCCUCACGUUGAGGACAAGGUCCUCACGCUAAGGACAAAGUUCCUCACGCUGAGGACAAAGGUACCUCACACUGAGAACAAGGUUCCUGACGCUGAGGACAAGGCUCUUGACGCUGAAGGCAAGGUUCCUCACGGUGAGGACAAGGUUUCUCACGCGGAGGGCAAGGCUCCUCACGCUGAGGACAAGGUACCUCACACUGAGGACAGGGUACCUCACACUGAGGACAAGGUUCCUCAUGCUGAGGACAAGGUUCCUCAAGCUGAGGACAAGGCACCUCACACUGAGGACAAGGUUCUUCAAGCUGAGGACCAGGUACCUCACACUGAGGACAAAGCUGCUCACGCUGAGGACAAGGUUCCUCAUGCAGAGGACAAGGUUCCUCACGCUGAGGACAAAGUUCCUCACGAUGAGGAGAAGGUUCCUCACGGUGAGGACAAGGUAGCUCACUUAGGGGAAGGUGCCUCACGCUGAGGACAAGGUUCCUCACGCUGAGCACAAAGUUUCUCACCUGGAAAACAAGGUACCUCACACUGAGGACAAGGUACGUCUUACUGAGGACAAGGUUUUUCACGCUGAGGACAAGGUAUCUCUCACUGAGGACAAGGUACUUCACACUGAGGACUAGAUUCUUCAGGCUGAGCAGAAGGUACCUCACACUGAGGACAAGGUUCCUCACGCUGAGGAAAAGGUUCCUCAAGCUGAGGACAAAGUUCCUCACACUGAAGACAAGGUACCUCACACUGAGGACAAGGUUCCUCACUCUGAGGACAAGGUUCGUCAAGCUGACGACAAGGUUCUUCACGCUGAGGACAAAGUUCCUCACGCUGAAAACAAGGUCCCUCACGCUGGGGCAAGGCUCCUCAAGCUGAGUACAAAGUACCUCACAGUGAGGACAAGAUAACGCACACUGAGGACAAGGCUACUCACGCUGAGGACAAGGUUCCUCACGAAGAGGACAAGGCUGCUAACGCUGAGGACAAGGUACCUCACGCUGAGGACAAGGUAUGUCACGCUAAGGACAAGGUUCGUCACGCUGAGGACAAGGUUCCUCACGCUGGGGAUAAGGUACCUCUCACUGAGCACUAGUUUCCUCAAACUCAGGACAAGGUACCUCACCCUGAGGACAAGGUACCUCACACUGCGGACAAGGUUCUUCACGCUGAGGACAAAGUUCCUCACGCUGAGAAGAAGGUCCCUCACGCUGGGGCAAGGUUCCUCCCGCAGAAGACAAGGUUCCUCACGCUGAGGACAUGGUACCUCACACUGAGGACAAGGAUCCUGAAGCUGAGGACACGGUACCUCACCCUGAGGACAAGGUAACUCACACGGGGAACAAGCUUCCUCACGCUUGGGACGAUGUUCCUCACGCCGAGGACAAGGUUUCUCACGCUGUGGACAAGGUACCUCAACAUGAAGACAAGGUUCCUCGUGCUUAGGAUAAGGUUCCUCUAGCUGAAGGCAAGGUUCCCCACACUGAAGACAAGGUACCACACACUGAGGACAAGGUUCCGCACGCUGAGGACGGGGCUGGUCACGCUGAGGACAAGGUUGCUCACGUUGAGGACAAGUUCCUCACGCAGAGGACAAGGUUCCUCACACUGAGGACAAGGUUCCUCAAGCUGAGGACAAGGUAACUCACACUUUGGACAAGGUUCCUCACAAUGGGGACAAGGUUUCUCACGCUGAGGACAAGGUUCCUCAGGCUGAGGCAAAGUUUCUAACCCUGAGGACAAGGUUCCUCACGGUGACGACAAGGUUCGGAACGCUGAAGACAAGGAUCCUCACGCUCAAGACAAGGUUCCUUACGCUGAGGACAAGGGAGCUCACACUGAGGACAAAGUACUUCACACUGAGGACAAGGUUCCUCACGCUGAGGACAAGGUAGCUCACACUGAGGACAAGGUUCCUCAAGCUGAGGACAAGGCACCUCACACUGAGGAGAAGGUACCUCACACUGAGGACAAGGUACAUCACGCUGAGGACAAGGUUCCUCACGCUGAGGACAAGGUUCCUCAAGCUGAGGCAAGGUACCUCACACUGAGGAGAAGGUUCCUCAAGCUGAGGACAAGGCACCUCACGCUGAGGACAAGGUACAUCACACAAAGGAUCAGGUCCCCUACACUGAGAACGAGGUUCAUCAUGCUGAGGACAAGGUUCCUCACGCUGAGGAGAGUGUACCUCAUACUGAGGACAAGGUACCUCGCACUGAGGACCAGGUCCCUCACACUGAGGACAAGAUUCCUCCCGCAGAGGACAAGGUUCCUCACGCUCAGGACAAGGUUCCUCACGAUCUGGCCAAGGUUUUCCGAAAUUUUCAAGAAAAUUUUCAGUUUUUCGGCAAAUCCAAAAUUUUCAUGAAAAUUCUCAUUUUUUUCCAAAUCCCAAAUUUUCCAGAAGAUUUUCAUUUUUUCGCGAAAUCCCAAAUUUUCAAGAAAAUUUUCAUUUUUUCUCCAAAUGAGGACAAGGUUCCUCACGCUGAGGAGAAGGUUCCUCACGCUGAGGACAAAGUACCUCUCACUGAGAACAAGGUACCUCACGCUGAGGGCAUGGCUCCUGACGCUGGGGACAAGCUUCCUGAAGCUGAGAAAAAGGUACCUCACACUGAGGACAAGGUACCUCACACUGAGGACACGGUUCCUCAUGCUGAGGACAAGGUUCAUGACGGCGAGGCAAGGUUCCUCACGCUGAGCACAAGGUUCCUCACGGUGAGGACAAGGUACGCCACAGUGAGGACAAGGUUCCUCACGCCGAGGACAAGGUACCUCACACUGAGGUCAAGGUACGUCUCACUGAGGACAAGGUUCCCAAUUCUGAGGACAAGGUUCCUCAAGCUGAGGACAAGGUACCUCACACUAAGGACAAGGUUCCUCAAGCUGAGGACAAGGUACGUCACACUGAGAACAAGGUACCUCGCACUGAGGACAAGGUUCCCCACGCUGACGACAAGGUUCCCCAAGCUGAGGACAAAGUACCUCACACUGAAGAGAAGGUUCCUCAAGCUGAGGCCAAGGUACGUCACACUGAGGACAAGGUACCUCACACUCAGGACAAGGUACCUCACACCGAGGACAAGGUUCCUCACGCUGAGGACAAGGUUUCUGAAGCUGAGGAUAAGGUUCCUCAAACCGAAGACAAGGUACCUCACACUGAGGACAAGGUACCUCACAAUGAGGACAAUGAUCCUCACGCUGAGGACAAGGUUGCUCCCGCUGAGGACAAGCUUCCUCACGCUGCGGACAAGGUCCUCACGCAGAGGACAAGGCUCCUCAAGCUGAAGACAAGGUACCGUACACUGAGGACAAGGUACCGCCUCAAACUGAGGACAAGGUUCCUCACUCUGAGGACAAGGUACCUCACACUGAGGACAAUGUACCUCACACUGAGUUCAAGGUACCUCACACUGAGGACAAGGUUCCUCACGCUGAGGACGGGGUUGGUCACGAUGAGGACAAGGUUGCUCACGUUGAGGACAAGAUUCCUCACGCAGAGGACAAGGCUCCUCAAGCUGAAGACAAGGUACCGUACACUGAGGACAAGGUACCGCCUCAAACUGAGGGCAAGGUUCCUCACGCUGAGGACAAGGUACCGCACACGCUGAGGACAAGGUACCUCACACUGAGGACCAGGUACCUCAAACUGAGGACCUGAUCCCUCACACUGAGGACAAGAUUGCUCACGCUGAGGACAAGGUUCCUAACGCUGAGGACAUGGUACCUCACACUGAGGACAAGGUUCGUCAAGCUGAGGACACGGUACCUCACACUGAGGACAAGGUACCUCACACGGAGGACAAGGCUCCUCACGCUGGGGGAAAGGUUCCUCACGCUGAGGAAAAGGCUCCUCAAGCCGACGACAAAGUACCGCACACUGAGGACAAGGUACCGCACACUGAGGACAAAGGUCCUCACGCUGGCGACAAGGUUCCUCACGCUGAGGACAAGAUUAGCCACGCUGAGGACAAGGGUCGUCACGCUGAGGACAAGGUUCCUCACGCAGAAGACAAGGUGUCUCACGCUGAGAACAAGGUACCUCACACUAACGAAAAAGUUCUUCAAGCUGAGGACAAGGUUCCUCACACUGAGGACAAGGUACCUCACACUGAGGACCUGGUCCCUCACACUUAGGACAAGGUUCCUUACGCUGAGGACAAGGUACCUAACGCUGAGGACAUGGUACCUCACACUAAGGACAAGGUUCGUCAAGCUGAGGACACGGUACCUCCCACUGAGGACAAGGUACCUCACACGGAAGACAAGGCUCCUCACGAAGGGGACAAGGUUCCUCUCGCUGAGAAAAUGGAUCCUCAAGCUGAAGACAAGGUACCGGACACUGAGGACAAGGUACCGCACACUGAGGACAAGGUCCUUCACACUGAGGACCAGGUCCCUCACACUGAGGACAAGAUUCCUCACACUGAGGACAAGGUUCCUCACGCUGAGGACAAGGUACCUCACAUGCAGGACAAAGGAUCCUCAAGCUGGGGACAAGGUUCCUCACGCUGAGGACAAGGCUCCUCUAGCUGAAGACAAGGUACCUCACACUGAGGACAAGGUACCUCACACUGAGAACGAGGUUCCUCACGCUGAGGACGGGGUUCGUCACGCCGAGGACAAGGUUUCUCAGGCUUAGGACAUUGUACCUCACGCUGUGGACAAUGUACCUCAUACUGAGGACAAGGUACCUCACACUGAGGACAAGGUUCCUCACGCUGAGGACAACGUUCCUGACGCUGAGGACAAGGUUAGUGAGGCUGAGGACAAGGUUUCUCUCGCUGAGGACAAGGUACCUCACACUGAGGUCAAGGUUCCUCGCGCUGAGGAGAAGGCUUCUCACGCUGACGACAAGUUUCCUCACGCUGAGAACAAGGUUCCUCACGCUGAGGGCAAAGUUUCUCACGCUGAGGACAAGGUACCUCACACUGAGGACAAGGUACGUCACACCGAGGACAAGGUUCCUCACGCUGAGGACAUGGUACCUCUCACUGAGGACAAGGUUCCUCACGCUGAGGACAUGGUACCUCACAUUGAGGACAAGGUUCGUCAUGCUGAGGACACGGUACCUCACCCUGAGGACAAGGUACCUCUCACGGAGGACAAGGCCCCUCACGCUGAGGACAAGGUACCUCACACUGAGGACAAGGUACGUCACACAGAGGACAAGGUUCCUCACGCUGAGGACAAGGUACCUCUCACUGAGGACAAGCUACCUCACACUGAGGACAAGGUUCCUCACGGUGAGGACAAGGUACCUCACACUUAGGACAAGGUACCUCACACUUAGGACUAGGUACCUCACACUGAGGACAAGGUUCCUCACUCUGAGGACAAGACUCGUCACACUGAGGACAAGGUUCCUCACGCUGAGGACAAAGUUCCUCACGCUGAGGAAAAGGCUCCUCAAACUGAGGACAAAGUACCUCACACUGAAGAGAAAGUACCUCACACUGAGAACAAGGUUCCUCACGCUGAGGGCAAAGUUUCUCACGCUGAGGACAAGGUACCACACACUGAGGACAAGGUACGUCACACCGAGGACAAGGUUCCUCACUCUGAGGACAAGGUACCUCUCACUGAGGACAAGGUACCGCACACUGAGGACAAGGUUCCUCACGCUGAGGACAAGGUUCCUCACGGUGAGGACAAGGUACCUCACACUUAUGACAAAGUAACUCAAGCAGAGGACAAAGUACCUCACACUGAGGACUAG